AUGACCACAGCAGUAGCUCCAACUUCCUCGAAGCUCGAGGGCACCUCCAGCAACGCCCACGAUGGGCCUCCUCAUUGCACCGUCAUCCUCCAGCCCGGCACCGAAGCCUUGUCGGUGUCUCCCUCCGACUUCCUAGCUUCGCGCCCUGACAUCCACAACGUGCUCGCCGGCUGCAUGGUCUUCCGCCCGACCCUCGCCAGCGUGCGCGACAGCUGGGACUACGAGACGCUCCUCCUCCGCCGGUCUGCCUCUGACUCCUAUCCACUGAAGUGGGAGGUCCCUGCCGGCACCGCAGACCCUGAGCUGGACCCCACCAUCAUCUCCACCGCCGUGCGCGAGCUCUGGGAGGAGACGGGCUUGCGCGCCCAGUGCAUCAUCUGCCCAAUCCCCCUGGGAAUCGCCGGCAACGCCGGCGUCUGGAUCGACGACGAAGGCCGCGAUGCCAGGAUGGACCCGGAGCUCAGCGUCUGCCUGGUCCCGUCCGCCGGGAAGACGUGGGCCGUAGUCACCUUCCUCGUCAUGGCCGAGCCGGGGACCGAGUGGAACGAGGUCGAGCUUCGGCCGGAGGAGCACUCCGAGUACGCCUGGGUCACCGAGGAGGAGGUCAGGACCAGCCGCAUGAAGAGCAAGAACGGGGCCCCGUUUGAUUUCGUGAGCGAGGCGAUGCGGCUGACCAUCAUUGAGGGCUUCCGCAUGAAGAAGCUUAUCGGGGAGAUGGUCGAGGCUGCGCGUAGCGCUAAGCGAGCGGCGUCGUCAGCGGUAGAUCAGGAAUGA